UUUCCAUCACCAAAACGACUUUGACUUCACGAUACGCCAACCGAUUCUUGCUCAUUGAAAGCUGCUAGCACAUGAGCGGCCAGAUUGUACUUGGCCGUUGUAGCCCGAGCUACCGCAUAAAACACCACGACAUCGUGUCAACGGCCUUCAAUGUCUUGGACUACUUCGUCUCCGAUGCACCUGGUACAACCAUUUCGAGACAAUGGAGGCUACCAACAUAACGAAUUGUCUAGGCCUAUAUUGCCAUGAGAAAUGGUCGUGUCAACGUGAGGGGUUACGAUGCUCAUGAUGUAUGCAACCGGACUUUGAACCCACCUUACCCGUUCUGUCCGUUGAAGAGGGAUGUGCCAACGAUUAUCUUCUCACACAAUCCCUUCAUUCUGUUGUUCACCUACGGCCCCCAACAAGUCUCACCCUCUCGAAGAUGUCAUCGACUACCCUCCUGACCUUGCCACGCGAGCUGCGUGACAUGGUUGUCCGAUAUGUCAUCGAGUCUCCGCAGCCAGAACUCAAUUGUGAUCAAUUGGUCUACUUCUCGGAAACCUUUGCCGUCGCUUCGGCACGUACGCUAGCUCCUGCUAAUCUGUUCUGGAGUUGUCGUCAGCUGCGUGAGGAAGCCUUGUAUUUCACGAAGUUCUGGGACAGAACACCAAGACUCGAGAUCCAUAUCAGGGAGAUGUCGACUAUGUGGGAGAUUUGCACAGCUUGGAGCUUCCCGCCGAGCGCUUGCGUCUAUUCCAGAAAUCGGAAAUUCGACUCCAUGACCAUCGACCUGAAGCCACGAAACAAUGCGCAACACGUGCAUUUCACUCAAGGGCCUGACCUACAGCGUAACUAUCCCACGAGCCGGUCACUCUGGCAAGAUGACCUCUUCACUUGUUCCGCCGCGGGCGACUUCCUAGGUUACCUCGUGGGUAGGGCAGUGCAGAGAUUAGGACUGAACGAUGCCCAAGAAGAGAUCUGGUCGGUAACUGGGUCCCCGCCGGCUAAAGGCCUUCCGCAACUCCGACAUGUAUCCCGGACUCGACACGAUCCGAGCAUCGUUCUCAGACGCCUCUACCUCAACAUCUGCCGAGACGAACGACACCCAGACGAGCAGCUUCCAGAUAUCGUAACACGCGGAAUACGGGGAGACGUUCUGACCUUCAUGUACCGCUGUGUCUCUUCCUCUAUUUCGUGUUGCCCGGAAGCCGUUAAGAUGGUCGAUCAGGAAGAUGGUCUGAAACAGCUGAUGUGCUACUGCCAGCAUCGACUCAUGUGGUACACUCAAGUUGGCAACAUCACUAUUACAGAAGGCUCAGACCUGCAUUAUCGAAUUAAUCUAGGGAAUAUGUUAAGUAACGACAUCAAAACCACGAAAAGCGACCCUUGCAGAAAGUACCUUCACAACUUGAUGUCUUUGCGAGAACGCCGCUAUCUGGAUUAUGUACACAGAGCAGGCAUUCAACUGGGCUUCACUCGGUACCGACCUGAGCUCCCCGCCGUCACGUUCUUCUAGACGUGGUCGAUCGUUCCAGCUUACAUUUCACCUGCCUGAGCGAGACCCAGACGGACCAAGCUCGGAAGGCUCAGAAGCGAGCUCAUGUGGCGAUGGCCGGCCGUACAGUUCCUGUCUCUUUUCUUCAGAUCCCGUCUCGUGUAUCGGGGCCGUGCGGUGCGCUUCUGCGC